AUGGAUUAUAGCGACGAAUUUGAAGAUAACAACCCAUUUGCUAGACCAGAGGAGGAAGAAUUUCCCAACACUGAGCUGCAAUUUGAAAGCCCGGUGUCACAAGAAUUACCUAAUGAAAAUGCCCAGCCGACAAACCAACAAGACCAACAGAACCAGCAAAACGAGGAUAGUCAGGACCUUAUAUCAAAAACCGAUUUACGAAAGUUAAUACCGGAGCGGUUUGCCCAAAAGUAUAGUCUACAUAUUAAACUUAUAUCUAUUGACAGGAACAAACCAGAAAACCCCAUUUUACGAAUGUCAGUUCGGGUGCAAGGACUUCCUAAAUUCAGACAAAAAGAAUACGAGGAUGUACGUCGGACAUUCAAUGAGGUAGUAAAAUUCAACAGGUACUUGGCUAUGUCAAAUUUAGAAGUAUUUGUUCCUGUAAUUCCCAGCUCAGUCACUUCUUACCCCACUGGUGGAGAGGAUGAAAGGAAACAGUUGAUGUUUGUAUGGCAGGAGUGGUUUGAUCGAAUCACUUCGAACCCAAUUCUUAUUCGAGACGAGGAGUUUGUGUUUUUUGUUGAGAGUGAUUUUGGAUACAGUGUUAUAAAUAGCAACAAGAAGUCUUCAGUUGCCAGUGGGUUGAUGAGAAAGACGUUGAAACAGUUUCCUGUUCCAUACGACCCUUUCCAAGAAUUGGCAGAGUUUAGACCAGUUAUAAAGAAUGCGUAUUUAACGUGCCAAAAAAUGCAUCGGUUGCUAGAUAAAAUUUCCAAGAGUGAAAAGCAAUUGUCGAUACAUGUGUAUGACAUGUCAAACAAGUUGACUGUCUUGUCACAAUUUGAAACGACCCAUCCGGGUAUGAAAAACAUGUGGGAGAAAUUGAGCAAGAUUGUUCAAGUGCAGUCGGAUCUUUUGCUUGUGGAGUCAAUUGGCGAAAUGGGUAUCUUGGGUGAUCCAAUUCAAUAUUUUGUCAAUGACUUUUACGAAAUUAAAGAGGCCCUAACUAACAGGUAUUUGAUUAUGCGUGAGUUGAUACAAGCAGAGGCGCAAACCAAUGCAAAGCAAGUUCAUGCUAAUAAAAUGAAAAAUAAAGCUUCCUUAGACCCUAUUAAGGUGGAUGAAGCGUUAAGGUCACUUGAAUAUGCUUCGAAAGUGCAAGAACUGCUCAACUUACAGAUUAAGAGGAUAUCGGGGGAAAUGUUGUAUGAAAAAGAUGAAGUUGUCGACUUUGUUGAAAAAAAGUUCAAGAGUCUACUCAAGGCUUAUACCCUUCACAAAAUAGACCACCAUCGUAAAAUCUUGAAAAAUUUGGAAGCUAUUCGUUUGGACGUUAGGAGCGUUGACGAAAGAGGUGGCUUGUCGCGCCUUAACCGUGACAACUUGGCUAGUAUUAAGCAUAAUUUGCUACAAUCUCAAGCCCCCUCUGGCGAUUCGUGGUCGUCGAGAACUUUCAGGUCGUUGGAGAAGGAGGAAGAGGCGAGACAACAGGGUAAGCCACAGACAUCUUCCUUGCAAGCAGCAUCAGUUGAUGCAAAAAACGCAGCUAGUUUAUUAGGAGUAGCAACGUUUUAG